AUGGGAGAUAACAGUUUGUUACUUAAAACCGUUAAAGACAUCCAAUCCUCGCUUGCUGUUCUGCCGCAAAUCCAAGCCAGUGUAAUGAGAUUGACUGAUGCAAUCAUGUCUCUAGAAGGAAAUGGACCUCUUCGACCAAGCAAUGAACAAAAGUUGACUAAUGGUAUUUCGAGCUCGCACGGUUCGCCGGAACUUUUGCCUGUCGCGGAAGCGGUUGAAAUAAAUGAGAAUGAUCUAAUAAAUCACAAGUCGCAAAAUGAGAAGGGAAUCAAUCAUAUAGAUAAGGAAAAGAAAGAUGGUUCGGUCGCUGGACCGAGUGAAAGAUCAAGGAAAAAGAUGUCUAUAACGGAAAGAAGAAAGCUCAAGAAAGAGAAAAGGAAACAGACCGUCUCCCAAGGUCAAGGAGAUUUGUUAUCAAAUGAGGAUGUAAUGGCGCAACAAUCCCAGUCGAAAACUUGUGAAUCACCGCAGAUCCAAGAAAAAUUUUUGCCGACGCGAACCACACAAAGAUCGGCGAGAAUGAUAAAUUCCGGGAGUAAUAAUAAAGAACGACAAGAUAGGAGGUUUGGUCGGGGACAGUCGAAUCAAAAUUUCAACAAUUAUUUCCAACGAGAGCGAGAGACAUUACAAAAUAACUGGGAUAAAUCUGAACCAACUUUUGAAGGAAUGAACUUGAAGCCGGAAUUAUUGAAAGGAAUUCGUGAUUUAGGAUACGAUCAACCCACCCCUAUUCAACAACGUGCUCUAACUGCAUUAUUAACUCGACAUGAUGCUGUAAUUCAAAUUCCUCGAUCCGAAGAGAGAACUUUAACAUAUGUGAUCGCCAUACUCCAGCUUAUUGACGCACGUGAUCAAUCUUGUCAGGCCAUCAUCCUUGUUCACAACAAAGAUCUGUGUUAUGCAAUUCAGGACCUCAUUAAUGUUGUGAGCAAACAUCUACAAAUUUCGUGGUCCGUUUGCGUAGGUGGAUACUCGGUGAGACAGGAUGUCGAAAAAUUACGAAACGUUGGCCAACAAAUAAUUCUGGGAACUCCCGGUAAAUUGCAUUUCGGUUAUUCACCGUUUGUAUCGCUGGCCAGUCUUAAUUCUUAUCUAAUUUCACCAAUCAUAGGUCGAUUGAUCGACCUGAUGAUUGAUCGUCGUUCAUUCGACGCUUCGCGCGUCAGGAUGGUGGUCGUUGAAGACUCGUGUAUCAUGUUCAAUAGUACCUUUCGUUCUCAGGCUUUGGACAUUAUUCAUCGUUCACCAAGUAGAGCCCAAAGAAUUCUCAUGACCACGGCAACAACAUUUACACUUGCCGAUGUCAAAAAUCGAUUGGCGAAGAACGCUCACAUUGUUGUAAAUGAUGUACAUAUGAGUGAAGGAUUACAAUUAUACUACAAACUCGUGGAAAAAGAGGAAGAAAAAUUAAAUGCUCUUUGUGAACUUUUCAAAAUGUUGGAAUUCGAAAAAUCGAUUAUCUUUUGCGACAAUGCCGAGAGAGUGGAUUGGCUAGCUGACAAGUUAACAACUCUAUUCGAACAUAUGAAUGUAUUUUCCAUGCAUUCAAUGACCAAACAAUCAGAAAGGCACGAUAUUGUCAAAUCCUUUUGGAAUGUGAGCCCUGCUAUUAUUGUUACUACCGAUAGCUUUGCAGCAGUACUUGCUUUUCAACCGGUCAAAUAUACCAUUCACUUUGAUUUACCAUUCAAAAAGGAAGAUUAUCAUGAUCGGAUUUGUUGUAGUGGUGGAUACGGUUUACCCGGUACUGUUGUCAACCUUCUGGUCAAAGGUCACUUGUAUGAUCUCGGGUCCCUAGAACGGUAUUAUAAAAUACAAAGUCAAGAACUUCCG